AUGGAUAAUGUGCCUCCCCCACCGAAGCCUGAAAAGGAACAUAAGGCCCCAGAAAAGCAAACCACGUCCUCUUCUGAUAAAGCAGCUAUAAAGAUCCAGGCGUGGUGGCGUGGCACCCUGGUCCGCCGGACAUUGCUGCACGCGGCUCUUUGUGCCUGGGUUAUUCAAAACUGGUGGAAAGAGAAGAAGAGAAAGCAGUGGGACAAGAAGUGGCGUAGGACCCUGGAGACCUAUACACGGCACGAGUGGGCAGCAGUCAAGCUGCAGUCCUGGGUCCGCAUGUGGCGUGUCCGUCUGCGUUACUGCCGCUUACUCAGUGCAGCUCGCAUCAUCCAGGCCUACUGGAGGUGCCACUCUGGCCCCUCAAGGGGUCUCGUUAAGGGCCAGUACAGAAUCACAGCAGAUCAGAUGCAUCUCCAGUUAGAGUUCUUGCUGGGUUCAGGGCCUUACAUUGUGACGGAGUGUAUUCCCCUUAAAAUAAAGCAGUGAACUGGU